AUGUCGCGCGAUGGGCGAGUUCAUGGAAGAUGCUCGCCUGUGCUUGAGCUUUCAUCUCCCCACGGGUAUACUCCUUCGCUUCAGGAACGGGUAUCACCAACGGUUGCUCCAACCCCGUGUUUCCGCAGCGAGGGGUGCCGAUCCCCAGCAGUUCAGGGAUUCAGACCACCUCCUCCGAUUAUUAGUGUGGGGCAACUAAUUUAUCCGACAGACCGCGACUCGCCCGCGACUCCUGGACUAAACACUGCCAUUCCCUCCUCUCCAUCACCAUUGGCUGAAGCACGUUUUGGGAUUGCGAGCGCAGGGCACAUCCACCGGCCCUCCGGUAUCGCUCCCGUGGCGCGUAAACUAUCGACACCGUGUGCAAACCCUGUUGCCGAGGCAAAGCCAGUGGCGCGGCCCUCGUUUAGUAGUGAUUGUGGUCGCAUCGUGGAGCACCGCGACCCAACAACACAUGAGGUUAUCUCAAGUUAUCGCUGUCGCAUGCUGCUGGGCGCAGGUGGUUUCGCACAGGUGUUUGAAUUUGAAGAGGUGUCUACAGGUAUCAGUUACGCUUGCAAGGUGGUGGAAAGGAAGAACCUAGCGCGUGGCGGGUCUUCGGCGAGAUUUCGCAUGGAGGUCGAUAUACACAGCAGGAUGAAUCACCCUAAUAUACUUCGCUUCAUAAAGUCAUUUCAAGAUGAAUUUUACCAUUAUAUAAUACUUGAACAAUGCAGCCAGGAGAGUUUAAUGGAUCUUUCAAAGAAGCGCGGUGCUUUCAACUGUCAGGAGAUACAGUACAUCAUGCGACAGAUUGUGUCUGCGGUAGAGUAUAUGCACAACAGCAUGAUUAUUCACAGGGACCUGAAGUUGGGGAACGUCUUGAUUGACUUCGAAGGGAAUAUGAAGCUCGGGGACUUUGGCUUUGCUAGCGAGUUCACUUCGCCGUUUGAAAAGAAAACAACGGUGUGUGGAACGCCAAACUAUUUGGCUCCGGAAGUUCUUGCAUGCAAAUCAACUGGUGUGGGAUAUGGGUUGGAAGCGGAUAUCUGGAGCUUAGGGGUGCUUCUUUAUGCCCUUGCCGUUGGGAAGCCGCCGUUUGAAGCAAAAGAUAUCAGCGCCACGUAUCACAGAAUUCGAAAAGUGGAUUACUCUUUUCCGGAAGGUAUAUCGAUUCCGGAACCUUGCAAAGACCUUAUUCAGUGGAUGCUCCAGGGCGACCCGCAGAAGCGACCGGUUCCGGUGCAAAUAUUGGCGCACAGUUUUCUGUGUUUGCCUCUUCCGCCACGCACAGCGCCAAAGUCUCUUGUGCCUGUUGACGGACAGGUGGGGGGGUCCCGAAGUGAAAGGUGUGGAUCUCGUCGGAUCUCGCCUCCACCCGUGCAGGCACCUGCAACCCGCUGCAGUAGUGGGGUCGACGGGCGUGCGGACCGCUUCGCCUUGACGCAAAACCGUAUGGGUCCAACCGACUGCGAGGAUCGGGCAGUGCUCCAAGAGGCUGCGGGAGUAGAGAGGUGUGGGGACGAAGCUGCGUCUGCAACUGCAGGUGGCACAUUGACCACUGAGAAAAGGAACACAAUUAAGCCUCCACCGCCUACUGCAAUGCUUCAGAGUUGCGUGUCUUGUAGCAAGUACGGGUUUGGGUUUCUUACCCUUCAGAAUGGCUGCCGGUAUCCGGAGGCUUUCCUGAAUGAUAAAACCAAAUUGGUUUUCGAUCGCAACACGGAUACUGUACUCUAUUACGACCGGUCGCGGCUUCAGGCAGUGACGAGAGAGUCCAGGAACCAUAGUCCACUCCUCAGCGAAGAUUUGGCCAAAAGGGGGUUCUGUGACGAAUUGGUUGUUUUUCGCAACGCUUCCCGCACUCUGGUGCGUCGGAGUGAAAACAAGGACGACGGCGACCGCAUGGAGGCUGCAGCAGCAAAGAAACUUGCCAUAAUAAAGUUUUUUCUACCAUGUCUAGAGUGCGGCACAAGGGACAAGCGAAUGACGGUCCUAACGUGUGCCCUUAGGGGCUGGUCCCCUUCUUGGGGGACGGAACUGUUUGCUCCUUGUCGAACGGGUGGCGAGCGACCUGACGUCGUUUACGUAAAGGACGCAGUUGCUGGGACCCUACAUGAGCUAACUAAUGAGCAUCAGGAUGUUGACAUGACACUUCUCGCUGCUCGCAUGUCCGACUACUCCUUUCACGUUUCCAUGCGUUGUGAUGCGGCCCAACAAUCCCUACACCGUCCUAUAUAUGAUGGCGGGGAAGCUAAUGUCACGGAGCAACAAUGGAGUUUUGAUGUUUUGGUGUACUCCGGUUUCCAUGCGCUUAUGGCAUUCGAGGAUAGAGGUACACGCUUCGCUAUGUCCUUUGAGGAUCUACGAAAUCACACAGAGGCAACGAUGGGUGGGAAGGUGUACUUUGCCGCUGGGUCUACAGUUUGCAGCAAGCACAUAACGAUACCAACACCAACACUACAGGCAAUAGGUGUGCUACUCCGAAGAGUUCGCUGCUGUGCAAAUAUUGUGGAGUGCUUUUAA